GCGAGUCGCCAGCACGAGUGUGCCAACCGCUAACCAGACGGAGACGCCACUCGCCAGCCAGUAAUCAGUAUUCAGUACGAGUUACGACACGUAUUGAGUCGGUUGAAUUUUGUGUUGAGUUUUUCAGCGAAACAUCGUCUUAACUCGGAUUAAAAAAAAAGUCAAUCACAUUGAACAUAAUCAAAAAAAGGAUUCUGGAUUAGUUACAUAAAGAUCACUCUUGUAUGGGUGACGUUAGCUCUGGCUUCAAUCCUUUGACAAAGAUAUUCAUGGUACCGGUUCAAAAUAAGCCGAACACCUUAAAGCUGAACAGCGUGGCGAGAAAGGCCAGCAGGUACUUCGCCAGGGACCCAAGAUUAAGAAGUUAAUCAAAUCAUCAUCAAACAUAGUCUCACUGCCAGUAUUAUAAUAAGCUUAGAUAUGGAACUAAAUGACAAAUCUAGUGCAAUUGUAAAAAAAAGAACACCACGUGAAAGUCUUAAACCAAACGAUGGCGUUCGUGAAUCUCUACUCAGUAAUACUACGUCAGGUAUUGGCAAAGGAGAAGAUGAUAAUACGAGUGUACCUACCUCAUUUUCUAGUCCAGAUUUUGAUAACGAUAAUCAGGACUUUUUAACUGUCCCAAAUGAAAUUAAACGCAAAACGUCGAAUUGCGUUGAAUUCACAGAAGUAAAUAUAGAGGAACCAGAUAGAGAAUUAACAAUAAUUAAUAAUGGAAAGAUAAAAAAAGAUAUUGAAAAUACUUUAAUAGAAGUCCCUAAAGCAAAUAAUUCCACUAUACCAGAUGGUGGCUGGGGAUGGGUUGUAGUGCUAUCAUCAUUUGUUAUUUCAAUGAUAGCAGAUGGUAUAAGCUUUUCUUUCGGAUUGCUUUAUAUGGAGUUUUUAGAUGAGUUUAAAGCAAGUAAGUCAACGACAGCAUGGAUUGGAAGCCUGUUCAUAGCUGUGCCACUUCUAUCGGGGCCAGUAAUGAGUGCUUUAGUAGACAGAUAUGGAUGUCGAAGCAUGACAAUUUUAGGGGGAGCUAUUUCUACUACCGGCUUUGUUCUGGCUUCGAUAUCGAAUUCCCUUGAGAUGAUGAUGUUGACUUUUGGUGUUAUCGCUGGCCUAGGUCUCGGCCUAGUAUAUGUUACAGCUGUUGUAUCGAUAGCUUAUUGGUUUGAGAAAAAGAGAAACCUUGCUGUUGGUCUGGGAGCAUGCGGAACUGGUGUUGGUACCUUUGUAUAUGCUCCCAUGACUCAAUAUUUCAUAGAAGAAUUUGGUUGGAGAGGUACCAUACUCUUACUAGCUGGUACAUUGUUGAAUUUGUGUGUUUGCGGAUGUGUAAUGAGAGAUCCUGAUUGGUGGAUACUAGAGCAGAAGAAGCAAAGAGAUGAUGAAAAGUCCAUAAAAGAAGAUUCUAAAUCAAAGUAUUCUAGUUCCGCCUCUAUUGUCAAUUCUUUUGUAUUAGAAAAUGAAUUUUCUCGUGGUAAAAAUAUGAAACGACUUAUUACUAAUGGAGUACCAGCUGAAAAAGUAAUACAAGAUGAAGUUACUAGUAUUAAACGUCGUGAAACACUUCUUUUAAUGAAAAAAAUGAACAAUGAUAAGAAGUGUCGAUCACUUAUAAAUAUGCCAGAUUCAAUUACUUCAGAUGUUCAGAUGUUGAAUAGCGGAGCUGAUUUGGGGAAAGAUUUAGAUGAAAAUGCAAAGUAUGUUAAAUUUGCUAGCUCCAAUCGCGACAUAGUUACACGUAAAUGUUUUGCACCUAGCAAUUUAGCAGAACCGUUGUUAAUAAAGGAUGCGAAGGAUUUGGAAAUUAAAUACGGCCAAAAAAAAGAAGAUAUAAGAAGGACUUUUUCGGAAGCUAAAGAUUUGAGGCCUUUAUUGAAACAAGAUAGUAAAGAAAACAGACGAGAUUGGUUGAAAAAACAACUAUCGGUAAAUCACCAUUACCUGAGAGACCUUAAAAUGCCAUUGAACUCCAUAAGCCAUAGAACUGCCAUGCUUAAUAUAAAACGAUAUAAAUUAAAGGCAUCUUCUUGUCCCGAUAUUUUCAAAAAUUCCAUGGUUACUGUCAACGAAGAUGAAGAGAAAUGGUACGAUGACUGCGUAACGUGUUUGGGUGAUAUGUUUAACGUAGAACUCUUCAAGAAGGUGACGUUCAUUCUUCUCUGCGUGGGCACCAUUAUAAUAUUCGUCUGGUUUAUCGUACCAUACUUCUACCUAGCUGAACAUAUGAUACAUAACGGGUAUAGUGAGGACGAUGGUGCUGUUAUGAUUAGCUUGAUUGGGAUUACAAACACUAUUGGAAUGGUUGGACUUGGUUGGAUUGGAGAUCUACCAAAAGUCUCCCUGGGAAACUUAUAUGCAAUCUGCUUAGUAUUUUGCGGGGCAUCAGUAGCUGCUAUACCUAUGGUUGUCGCCCAUUAUUGGAUUCUCGCAUUUGUGUGCGGUGCAUUUGGAUUGCUUUUUGCUGCGUCUUUCACAUUUGUGCCCAGUCUUCUUGUGAAGUUGGUGUCUCUUGAUGACUUCACAGCCGCGUAUGGGCUUGUUUUGCUUGCUGAAGGAAUUGGACAUCUAAUUGGACCUCCACUAUCUGGUCUUAUUUAUGACUUGACAUUAUCCUGGGAGCUGUCCUUUUACCUGGGAGGUGGAUGGAUCAUAGUAGCUGGUAUCCUCACAGCCUUUAUUCAACCAAUCAGAUCCUACCAGAAAAGAAAAGAAGCCGCACGCCAACUCAACGAAGCCAUAUAAACAUAAUAUUAUAUGAAAUAGUGCUAAUGAAUGACCCAUUGUAAAAGUACUACCCGGCUACAAUAUCUCUGGACCUCGAUGACGUCAUUAUCGUCGCAUUGUUACGGUGUGCAAAAUAAGCAUCACUAGGAUAUUACCUAUAAAUAAAUAAACAACCGUUUAUUUGUUCGGUAUUAUAGAUUGAUGUAAGGGUGUUGUGUUGUGAUGCUGAUUAUUAUUAUUAUAGUGAUGAAAAUACAAUGAAAGAAUCUGGGUUAAGUAAAAAAAUAUUUAUUUUUCUAACAGUUCCAUUAUGGCGACACAGAACAACAUAAACUACAUAACUAUCAACAACAAAAGUCAAAACGUAACAAUGAAAACUAUAAAAACAAAGCAGUGAGUGCACGAAAAUAUCUCGACAUGUACAUAACGGUAAUGAAACUGCAAACCGUACGGACGCAACAGAACGAGCGCGAGAGGGGGUGAAAGGGGAACGGGAGGGAGGCUCCACGUUCCAGAGAGGCCCAGAAAUAAUGUGGCCGUGUAGUACUCUCAGAUAAUCUGAGAAUAAGUCAAUACAAUGUCACAUGCCGACAGGCAUAAAGUUCUGAAAUAGUACGUUCACAAGCAAAGCCCUAAGUGACGUCGGGAGCUUCAAUACACCCGGGUUUCGGAAUAUUUUGUAUAACUAUAUUUUUAUUGUUUUUAAUCAUUAGAUUAAAAUUAUUUUAGACAUUAAUAUUUAUUUAUUAUUAUUUUUAUUUUAUUAAUUAGGAUGACUAAUGAUUAGAAAGUUAUAUCAAGAGCUACAUUAUUUAGAUAUAAUAUAGCUUUCUUCCCAUUACUAUUUGCAGGGAUUGUUAAUAAUAAGAUGCACUAUAACUUUGAAUUUUGUAGGAUACCACCGUAUCCGUUUUUUGGCUUAGUAGUAAUUUACUUAGAUAAGAUGUGAAAAUGCUGAAACUAAUAACCUUAGUUUAUACGGCGCGAUAGAGCCUCUUUCUGUUAGGCAAGAUGACAAGAGGCCAGGUUUACAGUAGUAAAAAGUAAAAGUAGCUGUCAUGCGCUCUAAAGUAUUAGAUCGCAUGACAGCUACGUCUUACACUUGUGAUACGUCAGUCACUUUCAGUACGGGUGCGUUUGCUGAAAAAAGAAGCUGUGCUGUGCUAAUAAUUGUAACACAAAUUACAAAUAAAUAAUUUAAAAUACACAAUUAAUUAAUUGAUGACGACGUUCUAUUUGACAAUGUCAAACAAAAGUCAGUCAUGAAUGACAGAUAAAUUGCACAUGUCAAAAUUGUAAUUCGAGUACUAAUGGUUAAAGAGAUAAUUUUUCUCAGCUAUUGAUGAAUGAGUAAAACCUGAUUAAUGUCGUCUGACUGUCUCUCUUUGGGUGGAGCGCUAGGGUUGGUACUACUAAAAAGAUUGACGAUACGGCCGGCGCUGUGCACCUAAUUUAACCUGGACAGUGACUCAAUAGUUUUGGCUUCCCAAGAUCGCUUAGCGGCCAUGUAAAUCGUGAGUUUGUGUGUGUGCGUAUAUUUGGGCGCACUAAAAUGAAGUUAAAUUAAUGUAUUAUGCUAUUGUUGUAUAUUUUAUACACGAUCUUAAUUAGCAAGUAUUAUACUGAAAUGAAGGCGUCAGUGCAGAAGGUGUACUCUCUUUCUCCGAAACGAAACUUCUUAAACGACGUAAUUUUAACGAAUGGAACCAUAGUAGGAAACUCGCGAAACUUCGAUCGAAACUUCGUUUUUCGUUAAAUAAGAGAAGACCAUGACAAUACAUGUAGUAUUGUUGUAUUCUAUGAUAAUAAUAUUUUUCAAUUGUUAAUAUUGUUAUUAGGUAUUGUACUUAUUGCAUAAUAUACGCCUGGCUAAUAUCUAAAUAUUAUAGCACGUUGAUGAAUUGUAUUUAGUACAAUUAUACAACACACAAUAUAUACAACAUAUAUUUAUUUAUUCAAAUACAAUUAUGUACAACAUAUGUAGUGUGGACAAUUGAAUUGAUUUAGACUAAUCGAAGUAAAAAAUGACAUAUUAUAAUACUGGUAUAUCGAAUGAGUCGGUAGUCCUAUUUAGCUAACAACGAUUCCCAAUAAGUAAAAACUAGGUAGGUAAUCAUCACCAAAGCCUGUAUUUGAUAGUGAUGUAAUACCGUGUGUAGUGAUAGUGUACCUACAUAAAACGAUGAAAUGUUUAAUACAACUAUAUUAUGUCCCGAUUAGGGUUACCAUCAUGGAAUAUAGUAAUAAAACUUCAUAUAAACUUAUAUCAAAUGAGUCUUUACGAGAGACAAAUUCUAAACGAGAUCAACUAUAAAAACCAACUAUUAUCGAAAUGUCAGGCUUUUUGUGAGGUCUUUUUAAGCUACUAAAUGAUAACAAUAGACCCGACUGAAGGGUUAAUUAAUAUCAUCGCGUUAUAUUGCGACGAAAUCCAAAACGAUUUAAAAGACAACGUUUUUUAAAAGGACGUUAGGCCAAAUAGAACGAUUUCUAAGAUUAUAAAAAUACUUAAAUAUUAUAUCACUUUUGCGAUUGCUUAAUAUUUCAUAUUAUUAAUAUAUAACUGGUUAGACAGUAACGAUAUUUAUGAUUAUGAAGAAAAAAUUACAUUAAAUGUAAAUAUUAAUUGACAACUUAGCAAACUUAACCGAAAGUUAAGUAAUUAAAUCCGCAACGCAUGGUCAGCGCGUGAACGCAUGGAUUACACGCUAAUCGCGGGGCGCGAAAGUAGGAAGCGGGAGUGCGGAAAUACGGACCCGUCGGUGCCUGCGCUUAAAUAUUUAUUUAUUUGGAGAGCAUGACUAUUUGUCUAGCCCUAAUGAGUCCUAGUAACACUGCGUCCACAGAGGAACCACUGUGUUCACCACUCAUACUUAUAGCUCGUCGUCAAGCCCUGACGUAUUUUCCAACUUCAGUAUUUUCUUAACGCGAGUAUUACAAACUACACCUGGGAGCAGGGUGUAGUCGCCUAGGGUGGUGUUACGCUUAUGCAUUAGUGGGCCGCAAUCGCAGAAGAGAUGAAGAGGCGUUUCAUCGGCCCCAAGGCAAAAAGUGAAAUUUUUUUGUUUUUGAUUCCGACCACACUGAGGUGCCUGUUUAGGCGACAGUGCCCAGUUAGCAUCUGGGUGAGUAUGCAUAGGAGCUUCCUGCUCAGUGAUAAGGCGCGCUAAACUAAGAAUGUGGUGCUGUGUAGGUAAAUAUCGUUACUGUCUCACCAAGUCACCAAUCAUAUAAGAAAGUCCUAUUUUACAACUUAUUUAAGAUUUUAAUUAUAAUAUUUCGUAGUAUUUUGAGAGACGUUAAAAAUUGUAUUUCAUAAGUAGUUACAUUAUAAUCCAAUGUGUAUUGAGGAUCAAGAACGUAGAUGAAAUAUUAUUUAUACUUUCUGCAAGUAAAGAUUUAUUAUUUAUUAAAAAUGUGCAAUUGCUCGCCAUGAAACAAUUUUGUAAUGAAUUAUGACAUGGAAUACAUUAAAAAAAAGCUAUAUCUAAAGACAUCGCGCGAGUUGAAUGCAGUCGGGCCCUGUGGCAAAGAGCGGCAACAUUUCCCCCGGCUGUCCGCACGGCUCGCCUCGCACGCCUGCACCUUAGUGCUGUACAGUCCUUGUCAGUUAUCGUAUUUUUACCAUGUUAUCACGUAAAUACUGAAGAUGCGAUCCCGUAUUUAUUUUAAUUUUAAUAAUGCACUGAACUCUACUAUAUACCACUAGACUAGCGGCUGCCGAAGUGCUUUUGGUCCUUGUUUGAUAUUCGCUAUUUUGGCGCUGUUGGCCAUGUAGCGAGAGUCUGUGGUACUAAAACUAGUGAUGACAACCUCAGCAAACAUCUAUAGAUGGUGAGAAACUACAACAAAAUUAUGUACUUUAGUACGUAGAUUCUUGAAGUAGAAAAUGAUAAAAAUUUAUUACAUAUGCAAAAAUACUUCAGAGUAUUGUACGUUCCUUCGCAGCCAUUUUCGGUUACGUUCCAAAAAAAACAAGUUUUUAUUCAUCGCCAAGCACGAAAAAUGACGAAUAAUGUUUUAGGCAUGUGCGUUGAAGAAAUACAGGACAACAAUUUGAGAUUUUAUUAUUAGGUUAAAAUAGUAAACUUCAAGCAUUGCUUAAAUCUAUCGACACACUCAUAAUUAUGGUCAUCACUUAUAAUUAGGCCAAAUCACUCUGCAUUUAACUCGCGCGUUAUUGCUAUGGUAGAAGCGGCUUUAAAGUGCGAGCCAGGGUCUUACAUCAUGGGUGAGAAGAAUUUUUUUGAGAUUAAUAAAUCGGUAACAUGUUAAGGGGAUGCAUGAGAAUGAAUUCAUCUUUAUAUAUUCUAUGUCUAUUAAUAAGCUAAAAAUUAGCGAAUAGAUAAUUUCUACACAUGAGGCCCCUUAUCAUUUUACCGAUGUUAUAAACUGGUAUGUUAUCUACCAACUAGCUAACCCCAUCGUUUAGUUAUCAAAAACCGAAUGGUUCGAGAUUGUUAUUCUUCGAAAACAAAUUGUUAUGAUAUACUUACUGUAAACUUUCAACGACCUUCUUUGUGAUUUUAAAUGCACAAUAAACUAAAUAUAACAUUAGUGCUAUAUUUUAUAAAUAAUAUUACUAGUAGGUUUAAUAUAUUGUAAUAAUAUUUAAUUCUAUAAAUUUGCAAAAUUAAAUUUUUAGCAAGAGUGCUUAAAGUAGACUUGAAUAUUGUAUUUGAAAUUAUAAUUAUAGUAUUGACAAUUAUUAUAUUAUCUACUGUUCGAUCUAUAGGUACUUAAUUAUGAUCAGUUGUUUUAAUAAAUAGACUAUUUAAGGAUCGUUGCUCGAGAAUACAGAUUUUGUUAAUCCCAUCCGUAGUUGAAUACAUAAUAUUGAUUAUGAUAUCCAUCUAUUUAUUUAUUAUGUUACACCAAUAAUAAAUCAUUAUAAAGUUGUAGUAUUACCCCCUUAUUCAUAAUAGUCUUCUAACUUAAAGCAUUGCUAAUUCUCACUCUGUCUUCUUCUAUUGACUUAGGUCAGAAUGAGAAAAAAACACUCUUUAGCGGCUGUUUAAAGUUAGCGGACCAUUAUGAAUAAGGGGGUGUGUAAGUAGGUACAUAAGAGAUAGUACAAUAAGACAUGCCUUUACAGGUGUAAACAGCAUUUACAUUUAGUGUGAAAAGUAUAAUAGUGUUGAUCAAUUAAUUAUACAUAAUAAAUUAAAGAAAUGAAAGGUUAACCUAAAAUUAUGAUAAAGAAGACAUUUCUAUUAAAAUAUGACGUAUAAAAGGUCCGAAAGAUUAUCAAAUUCAAAUAUUUUUAUUCGAAAUAUGAUAUGACAUCACUUAUUGAAAGUCUCAAAUUACCACCCAUUCGAAAAAGUAUGACUCACACCUGAGAAGAACGGGCGCAAGAAACUCAGCGGACUUCUUUUUUUGUCAUAAAAUAUGGUUACAAUUUAAUAUCGUACAAUAAAACUUAUAACUUAAUAGCCUGAUUGGGAAUAGAGCGACAGCCAGCACCAUUCCCAAUCCGUGGUAUCAUUAAGAAAGUCGUUAUUUUAUAGUAACCUUUACCACACUAACGCUUUUUAACAAUUCUUUUGAAUUUCGCAAUACAUUUGUUUUGAACAUUUCUGAGACCUUGUUGUAAAAGCAUAUUAUAUGCUCGCCCCACAAAAGACUUAGACUAAGUCAACAUAGCCGAGUAGUAGGCAUUAUAAGUUCAUGUCUGUUCUUGGUGUUAAAAUAUUAUGGUUACGACAGUUUCUAGCAAAUUCACCUAUGUGCCUAUGUACAUACAUGACAUAAUCAAGAAUAUAUUGAGAAUCUACAUUUAAGAUUUUCUUUAAAAUUUACUCUCAAUGAUUCUUCAGGAUAUUUUAUGAUCAGUUCCAAAGGAUCCAAUAUUAUUGUACUCUUUUGAAACCUCAUACAAAACAAACAUCACAUACGUCAGAGGACUUAUUUUUGGACUAACAUAUUAUAUAACUCAGAUAUUCUGUUAUUUGAGUUUUUAUACGAAACGGGUUUCCGUUCCCUGCGAUCAAUUCUCUCGUAUGAACUAGCCUCCUCUCUACCUACUCUAAUACAAAUUAUAUACAUUUAUAAAUAAUAAUAAUUUAAUAAUCUAUAUACAGUAAACAAAUUGUUUAGCGACAAGCUUGUUUGCAAGUUUGCAAGAGCGACAUCUCUAGUCAAAGUUCCGUGCACUCGCACGGAACGCGAGAGGUCGUGGGUUCGAGUCCCGCAUCGUUCAUAAAAUGUUGUUUUCUAAUUUUAUUUGUACACAAUGUCACAUUUAACAAAGACAAUAAUAAUAUGAAAUAUGCCAGAUAAAAUUAUAUUUCUUAUCUCGCACAGCCACUUUGUAGAACCAUUUAUUAACGGUUACUGUUUUCCAGAACUUGGGGACCUUCAAAAAAAGAUCAUACUUCCUACCUACCUUAAACUUGUGCAACGCAUCUUUUGACACCUGGUGUUGUGGAUGUUCAUGGGCGGUUGCUUUACCAUUUCCCCCAUCAGCUGAGAGUUUGACCGCUUUUAUAUAAAAAAAAUAUUGAAAUCGCUGAACUGAACGAAAUGAAUACUGCCCAAAAUAAAUUUACACGAGCUUCAGUUUUACGUAUAUUUUUUUAUAAACAGAAAACAUGUAUUAAUAUUCUGAGUCUUUUCGAAACUUUGGAAAAGCAAUCUACAAACUAGACAAAUUUCAGGUAGGCCUAUACAAAUACUAAAUACUAAGACAAUUUUAUACACUUUUAUGCCACGUUCAAAAACAAUUUAGAGUUUUUCAAAUAUUUAUUAGACAAAAUUUUUGACAAUUGUUGUUUUAAAUAUUUUUAAACUGUUAGAUUAGAUCAUGAAUAGAUACUGGAAACACCUAAAUAUAAAUAGUUAAUAGUUUAAUUAAAAGAAAACUCAAAUCAGUCAUCGGAAGGCUCAGAAUUAGAAAUAUUUGACAACAUAUGCUUAGCACUAUAGAGUUCAAAAAGUCUCUGGAACAUGUUAUAGUUAUACAAUAAAAAUAAAAAUGUAUUUUUAUAGAUAGAAAUGCUUCAGUGAUGUUUUCUCCUUAGUAUAGUUCUAAAACAUGGCAAUUUAAGUUGAACAUACACUACACUUUGUCCAUUUUAAUAGUAAUUAUUUGACUGUUCACGCCCAUGAAAUUUCGUUUUGUUUAUGUUAAUAUUUCACACAGAUAAAAAUUGUUCUUUAUGGACGGGCACCGCCUCCUUAAUCAAGUGAUGUGCCAUAUUUCAUAAUAAUAAAUAUUAUAUUUUUUACAAAACAGCGAUAUCGAUUAUUACGCCAGUCAGUACUCGAGCAAAAGACUAUUAAUAAAAUGAACAAAGUAUAAGUCCGAUAUUCUAAAAGCCGUCUCUACUCGUUCCUAAUCCAUGAUCGACUUCUGUUUUGAAGGUUUGAUAUUAAAUUACGUAUUAUUGAGUCGACAACUAGAAUACAGACCUAAAACAUUUUUCUGGUGACAGUUAACUAGUGUAAUAUUUUAUCACUUGCCUCAUAUUAUAUAUUCCUCAAUUCAAAAAUAAUCCAUCGAAUUGUUGUAACCUUUAUGGGUUAGGUUUAAAGGUUUUUGUCUAUUCUAGUCAUAAGUUUUAAAUCCGUACAAUAUUAUUUCCAUGUUAAAUUAAUUCUAAGACCUUAUUAAUUAAAUUAUAACCUAUAAUUAUA